UUCUAUUUGCCCAGAGCUUUUGUCCAGAAACUCUCUGUCCUGAGAGGUGAUUAAAGAAGGCAUCCAGCAAGAACUGCACAAGAAACGGAGUCAGCUGGAGAACAAAGAGUGGUCUUCCACUGCCUCACAGGAGGAUGGAGGCCCACAACACAUCUGCCCCUUUCAACUUCACCCUGCCACCCAACUUUGGCAAGCGCCCCACAGACCUGGCACUGAGCAUCAUCCUGGUGUUCAUGUUGUUCUUCGUUAUGCUCUCGCUGGGCUGCACCAUGGAGUUCAGCAAGAUCAAGGCUCACUUAUGGAAGCCUAAAGGACUGGCCAUCGCCCUGGUGGCACAGUAUGGCAUCAUGCCCCUUACAGCCUUUGUGCUGGGCAAGGUCUUCCAGUUGAACAACAUUGAGGCGCUGGCCAUCCUGGUCUGUGGCUGCUCACCUGGAGGGAACCUGUCCAAUGUCUUCAGUCUGGCCAUGAAGGGGGACAUGAACCUCAGCAUUGUGAUGACCACCUGCUCCACCUUCUGUGCCCUUGGCAUGAUGCCUCUCCUCCUGUACCUCUACUCCAGGGGGAUCUAUGAUGGGGACCUGAAAGACAAGGUGCCCUAUGGACGCAUCAUAUUAUCACUGGUCCCGGUUCUCAUUCCUUGCACCAUAGGGAUCGUCCUCAAAUCCAAACGGCCACAAUACAUGCGCUAUGUCAUCAAGGGAGGGACGAUCAUCAUUCUCUUGUGCAGUGUGGCUGUCACAGUUCUCUCUGCCAUCAAUGUGGGCAAGAGCAUCAUGUUUGCCAUGACACCAGUCUUGAUUGCCACCUCCUCCCUGAUGCCUUUUAUUGGCUUUCUGCUGGGUUAUGUUCUCUCCGCUCUCUUCUGCCUCAAUGCACGGUGCCGACGCACUGUCAGCAUGGAGACCGGAUGCCAAAAUGUCCAACUCUGUUCCACCAUCCUCAAUGUGGCCUUUCCCCCUGAAGUCAUUGGACCACUUUUCUUCUUUCCUCUCCUCUACAUGAUUUUCCAGCUUGGAGAAGGGCUUUUCCUCAUUGCCAUUUUUCGGUGCUAUGAGAAAUUCAAGACUCCCAAGGAUAAAACAAAAAUGAUCUACACAGCUGCCACAACUGAAGAAACAAUUCCAGGAGCUCUGGGAAAUGGCACCUACAAAGGGGAGGACUGCUCCCCUUGCACAGCCUAGCCCUUCCCCUGGUGGCCUGAAUUCUGGUCCCAAAGCAAUUCUGAAAGCCAGUCUGGUCAACUACAGAGAGCAGCAAAAACACCAGUCUUGUCUGAGUCUCUCUCCAGCAUUUCCGGUACAUCUAUCAGAAUCAUCAAGCCUUGGCUGGGAACACAGACAGGGUGUCUGCCCAAGAAGCCUCACCCAUCCCCAACUUAGAAUUUGCUACUUAUUUCAAAGACUUGUUCAGUGACUGGAAACUCGAUGAAACCAGAAACUAAAUCUGCCUCUUGCCAGGAUCUCUAAAAUAGUGCCUGAUAAGCAUCUUAAGUCACUCAAUUCCUGAACUAAUCAAUAUAUAUGUUUAACCCAUUACUCAAAUACCCAAAUCCCAUUCCAAGUUUUGUGACCCAAAAGAGAAAUAAAUGCUCAAGAAUGCUGCAGAAUUAGA